ACGUGACACAGACACGACCGCAGCCUCUCUGUCUGAGACCCAAAAGCAGUUUUAUGUAGACACUAAUGAUGGAUAGUGGCGACAAGCAAAGUGCUGUUAUUUGCAAGUUGUGCGGAGAGGCAUUCACCCUGCCUGAGGAUGACGUCGAUGGUAACCUCCCUCGUGUGCUUUUAUGUGCCCACAUCUACUGCACGUCCUGCCUGCUGUCCAUUCAAUCUGAUGGUGUCAUUAAAUGUCCAGAGUGUGAGGUUGAGUCGACCCUUCCUGAAGGCGGGGUGUAUGGCCUGCAGGAUGAUAGCAGAAUCAUUGGCCUCAUCUACACUUCGAAAAUGAACAAGAUGAAAAGGUGUGAAAGACCAAGGAAUUACAAAAGGUUCAAUCGUUCACCAACCACAGGCACGAACGAGGAGUGGGAGCAGUCAGCUAAUAUCGAGAAGAUUGAGAGGGCGGUGGAUGAGGCGUUGGCCCGGGCUGCAGAAAAUCUUGCCCUUCUGGAACACAUCCAUGAGACGCUGGCGAAUGGUCUGGCCAAGCAGGUGAGGCGAGAGAGAGCUCGGCUGGAGAUGGAGAUCAUGCAAGCUGCAGACAAUGCUUUACAUGCUAUUCAAAAGUGGAAGGAUAUGCAGAUGAGUCAAUUGACCAAACUGGAGGCACGGUUCUCCACCAGCCACAUUGAGCUGUGCCGUGUCCAGGAGAGGAUGAAGGCCCUGGAGACAGCCAUGCAAAUGGCCAGGGAAGUACGCCGUGUCCCCUUCCUGGAGCAGUACUGCACCCUGGAUAAGGUUCUGGAGACGUUGCAGGCUCCUGUGGAUAACCAGUCCUUUGAUAUGAAGUGCAUCACCAUGGGCUCUGGAAUUAGCUGUGUUUUCCUGCCAGAAAGCCUGAGCACAGGUCUGGCCUUGUCUUUGAAGAUGGAAGCCGGCGACCCAAAGCACUUGUCUGAGUCUCAACCUAAAGGCUGCCAGCCAGUCAGCUACACCAGAAAGGCUCCCUGGCAAAGUGCAGAGGGCAGGAACAGAAACUUUACCUCAUCCAGUCCAAAAAAGCUGCCCAGCCCCAAAAAAACGGACCAGGAGAGUCCGAGAGCUAACAGGCCAUCGUCACGAAGCUUCUCUCCGAGCCCCAGACUUCGUCGCAGGUUCAGCCGUCCCCACCAAAGCCCGCCCUCAGAUCCUGGAACUCCAGACGUAAUUGUUGAGGAGCUUUACGACGAGGGACGAGAGAAUGCUCCACCACCCACCGGCCCUGAGCUGGCCAAUGACAAGUGGAGAGUCCACAAGAGAAAGAAAAGUCAGCCGUCUGGCAGUAGCAGAAUCGGGAGAGAGAGUCAACUGUGUAAUCAACAGAAGAACAAAGUCACCAAGUGGGUGGUGGUAUCCCACAUUGUGAAUCCAAGUCACUUCUACGUGCGCUACUUGAAUGAGGAAAAGGAAAGUGAGAGCCUGUCUGAGAUGAUCAACAACUUCUGCAGUGGAGAUAAUUGUUGCUUCACUUCCAGUGACACAGUGGAGACCGACUCCACGAUCUUUGUUCAGAGAGAGGAGGGACUCUGGGAUCGAGCCACUGUGGAUGAAGUCAUACAGAGUGGAUGUGUGGAGUCUGUGAAGGCCUGCCCUGUCAUACAGCUGGCCAGUAUCCAAGUCUUCCUCAUUGACCAUGGCAUCACCAAAAAACUCACCAUACAGAGUGAGGAAGGAACAACAAAGUCUUCACUGAAGGCAGUGAACAACCACCUGAGGAAGGUGGGUGCGGCGGAGAAGGUGGAGCUGAGUCGCUUUGCUCCUCUGGCUAUCAGAUGUUCACUCAAGGACCUGGUCCCCUAUAAUCUAGCAACAGGCUGGAGUACAAAGGCACAGGUUGAAUUCCAGAGUGUGGUUGGCUCUGCAUCUGUGGAGUUGCGGAUUUUGGGCCAGGACAGAGACUCCCUAUUGGUGGACCUGAGGAAAGCUCCCGUGGACCAACUCAGUGAUGUGCCCAUCUCUGUCAGAGAGUACCUUGUUUUCAUUGAAGUGGCCAGGUUUUACUCUCCAGUGAAGUGGGGCAGGAGGCCCCUGCAGUACUACCCCCCAGAGUAUCCCAGGAUCAAGAAAGAGCUCAUUGCUGUGGUGUCGCACAUCAACGACCCGGCUGACUUCUACAUCAAGCUGGUUGAUAACAUGGAGGCCUUGUUGCUCUCAGCCAAGCUCCAGGAUUGUUACAAUGGGAAUAAUGAAGAUGGCCUCAAAAUCUACUGCCCUGUGUUAGAACAGGCCUGUGUCGCCCGUUUCGAGGACAAGUGGUACAGAGCUCAGGUCAUAGGUCAUCCAGGGGGCAGAAAAGUGGAGGUGCGGUAUGUCGACUUCGGCAAUAGUAAAAGCUUGUCAGUCGGAGACUUGAGGAAGAUUAAGGAUGAGUUCUUUGCCCUUCCCGCCAUGGCAAUCCAUUGCUGUUUGUCAGAUGUGACUCCCGUGAAUGGAAAGACCUGGAGUGAUGCCUGCACCGACAGAUUCAUCAGCCUGGCUGACCAGAAACUGGUCACUGUUGUGGCUACAGAAAGAGUCCCCAGGAGCGAACCUCUGCCAGUCAAGCUGUUCGAGAGCGGCCUGAACGGGCCACAAGCCAACAUAGCUGAGCUGCUGGUGAAAGAGGAACUGGCUUCCUUCAAAAAGGGACUUAAGUCCAAGGACACCAGGCCCUCUGCCAACGAUUCUGCGAUAUGGGACCCUCCAAUUGAGCUUGUUUUGGCCACAGAAAAUGUUGAUAACCCGGACCAAAAAACCCUCACGGAGCAGACUGAGGAGCAGCUGGAGUUUGAGCCUCAGCUGAAGUUACCUGAUCAACUCAAAGAUCUGAAAGUCAGAGUCAGCCACGUCAACUCGCCAAGCAGCUUCUACAUCCAGCUCACGCAGUACGACUCUCAGCUCAAAAGGAUAUGUGAGCUGGUGAAGAAGGAGUGUGCAUUCAUGGAGCGCCAGGAUGUGGUGUGGAAGGCGGACAUGUACUGUGCUGCUCUCAUUAAUGGGGUUUGGGAGAGAGGACAGAUCUGCUGUGAUGUCACAUCGAACAACAUUGCAGAGGUGAUGCGCUGUGACCAUGGCAACACGGUGAAGCUCGAAGUCAGCAACCUGCGGCCUUUGCCGUCCUCCUUGAGGGGCUCUCUGGCACUGGAGUGCACUCUGACCAACAUCAGGCCAGCAGGAGGCCGAUCCACCUGGACUGCGACAGCGUGUGAAUCGUUCUCCUACUACCUGACCGGAGCUUCAGCUGUUGUGACCAUCAAGGAGCUGACAGAUGAGCGUCCAGUGCCCGUCUUUCUGUUCUGCUCUAACAGGAUGGGACAGUUUGACAAUAUUGCAGACUUUCUGACCAGAGAGGGCCUCGCCCUCAAGGAAAGGAAGCAAAGAGAUGCCGCCAUUGAAAAACCCAAAGAAACUGAAGCAGAGUCUCUAGUGAGCGAAGCACCAACUGAUGGUGAUACAAAAAACACUCAACCACCAACUCCUCCUCUCCUGCCUCUCCCCUCCCCAUCUCUCUUCACCCUGCCCAGUCCUCCAAAACCAGCCCCCCGCACUGUGAUGUCUGCUGAGAAGGUUAAUACUCCGCCUUACUGCCCUCCAGAGCUGCCGUGCCCUGGUCACAUCCAGAUAUGUGUUUCUGCCAUCGGAGAGGACGGUCUCAUUUACACCAGAACACAGAACGCAGAGUGUCAGCUGGAGCAGCUGAGGGAGAGGAUUCAUCAGAGCAUAAAGACUUUGCCCAGACCGAGGCCCUACACCUGGAAGUCAGUCUUUGGCUGCGCCGUCAUCGGACCUGAUAUGUUGUGGUAUCGAGGACAGCUGCUGGAGGUGCUGGGAGGACACGUUAAGGUCCAAUAUGUGGACUACGGCCUGGUGGAGAACAUCCCAGUGGUCCAUGUGUACCCCAUGCUGCUGUGUGACGAUGUUCCUCAGCUCUGUAUGCCCUGCCAGCUGCACGGCAUCAACCCGAUUGGUGGGAGGUGGCAGCGGGAUGCGUUGGCCUUGCUGAGGGAGUUAUUGAUGAACCGCUGUGUGGACAUGCAAGUCAUGGAGCUGCCGACUGACCCGAGGGGACCCCUUAAAGUUGAGCUCUUUCUGGACGAGAUGAGCCUCAGCAGGAUUAUGUGUCACCACGAUCACGGCUCCAUGGACCCGACUGUCUUGGCACAGAAGGGACACUCUGUGAUGUCUCCCGCCCUCCUCCUGGACGACUGGGACAUGGACAUUGAGGAUCUGAAGAGUCCAGAGGAGCCGAUACUGGGGCCCUUUGUCUACCCAGAGCUGCCACAGGAGAGAGAGAAGUUUCCAGUCAGGGUGAAACACCUGCGGACCCCCAACGAGCUCUUCCUGUGGCCUUUGGAGGGAACAGCUGAUGUGGAGGUGGACGGAGAGACUCUGCAUGAGGCUCUGAGCAGAAUCAAUGAAGACAUCAACGGUCUGCCACGACUCACAAACUUUCGUCACGGCAACCCGUGUCUGGCAGAGUACAGUGACGGGCUUUACUACCGGGCCAAGGUGAUAAAGUUUACCAGCACGGAGCCUGUGAUGAUCAUGGUGCAACAUAUCGACUUUGGCUCUGACGACACUCUGCCCACCAGCAAGCUGCGUCAGAUGCCAGCUGAGCUGUUGCAGUUUCCAUCGCGGGCCCUCAAGGUGAAAGUCGCCGGCUUUAAGGCUCCAAGUGUCAACAGGCAGGAAAGCGUGCUGCCCUACAGCCCCAGCUGGAGCGUGAAGGCUGUAGUGGACAUGAUCGACCUGUUACACAGCAACAUCACGGCCUCUGUUGUGGCUCAGGAACCGGAGCUCACGGUGCUGCUGUACAACGAGAACGAUGAGCUGGUCCAUCUGCCUCUGGUGAUCAGUGGACUGGCUGAGCUCGAGUGAAGCAGAGUGGAGACAGACUCCCAACCCACAUGCAAGUCUUCAGCUUUAUUUCAAGCCUUAUUUUUAACCAUUGAGCUCUUGAUCAGAAAAUGUCAAUGACUGUUUGUGUUAUUGUUUGAUAGCACAGUAAAUAUCAGUUCAACAAUGUCAGGUUGUGUUGUCAAUGUGCUAACUAGUGUCAAACCCUUCUAGCUGAUCCUAAGGUUUCCUUUUUUAAUGAGGAAUACAGUCUACUGCCACCUGCUGGUGUGGAGAGUUAUGUCCUCUCACACAGGCACAGAAAGUACGUGCUAGUUUGCGGUCGGCUGUAGUCUUUGUGGUGUGUUCAUGUGCAACCUUUUGGCCAAGAAACAGGCAAUAUGAGGCAGUGUAACAGUCGGCCUUCAUCGCUGCUAGUUCUUUGAUGUAGAUUUGGUCUGUUUGGGCCUUUUGACAUUGCAUACUUUACGUCCUUUGAUUUUUUUGAAUACAUUUCCUGUCUCAUCUUUCUCCAGGUCUACUGGUGGACGUCAUGUUUUGUUAACAUCUUGAUUUGACUUUGUCGUGCUGUUCUUAGUUUUUACAUGUUCUGGAGAAAUUGCAGUGGUUUUUGCUUUCACAGUGACACUGUAGAGCAGGGAUUUAUUUUCAGUUUGGCUGUUGUGUAAGUGAGCCGUGUUGACUUGGCACUUUGAUUUCUGGUUGUUUGACUCGUGUGAGACGGGUUUGUCUGUAUGAAGGUGCAGAUUAAAGUCUUUCAGUGUUGUCUAA